GUUCUUAUUUUGUUAAUUAAAUGUCACACUUGUCGAAGCAUUACUGUAGCCCCUCGUAUGCGGGAACGUGGGUAUUCGGAUGUAGGACAAGAUUAGGCCAUGUUAACAAGUUGCCAGGCAGUUCCAUUUAUCAUUCGAGUGCACGUGAAGUUUACGGCCGGAAUCGGAAUGAAUGCGACCCGGAAUGAGAUGCGACAAAUCUAGGGCUUCUUCCUCUUCCUCAAGUAUGGUGAAAAGCUCUCGCUCCGUCUCUUUCCUACCCCGUUGUUGCUCUCUCUUUCGCUCGGGGCUUCUCUGUCCCUUUCCCGUUGCUCUAGAAAUGUUUUCUUUAGAUUUUCUUCUUUUAGUUUCUUUUUGUUUUGUGCGGCUUGUUUCGGUUUCUUAAUUAUUGUGGGAAAAGUUUUGGCAAAAGUUUCGAUCAAGUUUUCUGCUUUGUAUAUUUUUGCCAACAGAUCCAAGAAACGGAUAAAAAACACAAUUUCUCUUUAGUGACAAAAUAAACAAACAGCCGACUGGACUUUGCCUUAAAAGUAUGCUAUAAAUAAAUAAAAACAAAAAAUAAGAAAUCCCUUGUGAUUUGUAGUCCAGUCUUAGUAGAAUAAUUAAAAAAAAAACACAAAAAACUUAACCAGAAUAAAAAAUAUAUGAAAAAGACUAAAAUGCUUAAUUUAAUGCUAGUGAAAAAUGCAAUAAAAUAAAUACAAACGCUUUGAAAUUAAAGUGAAAAACUUAAAUAAAUAGGAAAAGUGCAAACAAAAAAAACAAAAAGCAAAAAAAGAACAUAAAAAUUCUUAAAUAAAUAAUGGCGUCCAAUAGUGUCUAAAAAAAUAAAAAGAAAGUAAACGGAAAAGCCGCAGAACCAAAACAAACGCAAAUACACUGAGAAAAAUAAGGAAAAACGCCACAAUGUCCAUGGCAUUAUGCAAUUUAAAUGGCGACGGCAGCCCGGCGUCGCAGGCGCAGUCGGCAGCACAGCCAGCCACGCAGUCGUCCGGGGCAGCGGCUGCCCAGACGCUGGCUCACUCGCACUCGCACACGCUGACGCAGGAGAGCAUUUUGGACGCCAGCAGCGCCACAACGCCGCUGCUUUUGGGCCACGAGCAGAGCGGCAGCAGCAGUAGCGCAGCUGGCGCAGCCGACAGCAGCGGCGGUGGCGGCGACGUCGUCGAUGGAACGGUAACUGCCAUUGAAAUGCCAGCCUUGGCUGCUUCUACCGGCGAGCCUCUGCCCUUGCCGCUGGCCCUGCCGCUGCCACUGCCUCUAACGCAGACGCAGUUGCAGCCGCAGUUGCAGCCGCAGACGCAGCCAGCGCCAGCGCCACCGCCGCCGAUGCUUAUGGCUCUGCCGCCCAACCUUAACUUUGUAACGGGACCGACGACGCAGCCGCUGCAGCAGCAGCAGUUGAUGAUUGCCAACGGCGCAGUCGCAACUUCGACCAAUGAUAACAAUAACAACAACAACAACAAUGUGGACAAUACUAGCGAUGACUCGAACCCGGUCACCAUUUACAGGUGCCGGGCUCCCAUUGCGUCACUCGACUGUAUGGAGGAGUUCAGUGGCCGCUCGAUCAGCCUGGGCUCCAAUCCGGCGCUGCCACUCCGGCACGGCUCCACCCCGACCCCGGGCCUCCGGUACAAGAACCUCGGGAAGAGCGGCCUCCGGAUCUCGAAUGUCGGCCUGGGCACGUGGCCGGUCUUCUCGCCGGGCGUGAGCGACGACCAGGCGGAGGCCAUCCUCAAGCUGGCCAUCGAGAGCGGCAUCAACCUGUUCGACAUCUCGGAGGCCCACUCCGAGACCGAGAUCGGCAAGAUCCUGCAGCGGGCGGGCUGGAAGCGGACCGCCUACGUCAUCACCACAAAGGUCUACUGGAGCACCAAGUCGGAGGAGCGGGGUCUGUCGCGCAAACACAUCAUCGAGUGCGUGCGAGCCAGCCUGCAGAGGCUGCAGUUGCAAUACAUCGACAUCGUGAUCAUUCACAAGGCGGAUCCCAUGUGUCCCAUGGAGGAGGUGGUGCGAGCCAUGAGCUAUGUGAUACAACAGGGCUGGGCCAUGUACUGGGGCACUGCCAGGUGGAGUCAGGUGGAGAUUAUGGAGGCGUACACCAACUGCCGGCAAUUCAAUUGCAUCACCCCGAUCGUGGAACAGUCCGAGUACCAUAUGUUCUGUCGGGAGAAGUGCGAACUGUAUCUGCCGGAGAUGUACAACAAGAUCGGAGUGGGCCUGAUGGCCUGGGGUCCCCUGUCCAUGGCCCUGAGCGACACCCAGAACGGGGACAAGCUCUUCCUGCCCAAGGGCUCCUUCAAAACGAAGAGCUUCUCCUGGACGGAGGAUGAAAUCAAUCGGAACGCUGCCCUCUCUCCCCAGGGAAGUUGGGGCAAGGACAGGAUCGAGGAGGGUCGUCGUCACUGCGAUCGACUCCGGGACUUGGCCGCUCUGGCCGAGAAGCUGGGCUGCAGUCCCACCCAGCUCUCCAUCGCCUGGUCACUCAAGCACGAGCCCGUCCAGUGCCUUCUGCUGGGCGCCACCUCGGCGGAGCAACUGCACCAGAGUCUGCAGUCCCUUCAGCUCUUGCCGCGGCUGUCGUCAAGCGUGAUGCUGGAACUGGAGCGGAUUCUGGAGAACAAGCCGGUGCGGCCGCCGAUGAUAUCGACGCUGGCGCUGCGGUGACAAUCAGCGUGCCCGCAGGGACCGCUUAGCCUGAGCGGCGGCGGACCCUGCGGCGCCGACUCGCCGAAGCACGAGGAUGAGGCGUUCAUCGAGGAGGUGGACGCGGCCAAGGACGCUGCCAAGCAGGGAUUCUGCCUCAUCCAGUGACGAAAGGAGUCCUUAGAUAACGAUAAUAAAUUUUUGAAAGUGAUUAGCAGUAAAACUAGCCUAAGUAGCAAUACCAUGACGACAACAAUAAGCAGGCAGGAUCAGCAACUCCAACAGCAUCAGCCCCUUCAGGCCAUCACCAGUUCCAGCGAAGUCGUGGGCGGCGGAGCGGGAGUGGUGGGCGGUGUCCUGGCCGAGUCCUGGCAGUUCGAUAGCCUGAACAACAACAACAAUUCCCAGGCCACUCAGGACCAGGACGAGCCACAAAAGCGUCGAUCCCUACUCAAUUUCAAGUCCCUCGACUUUCAUCUCAAAUCCCUUUACACAGGACUCCGCGGCAGCAACACUAGCCAGCCCGCGAAUAGUUCCGCUCCGGCCGUGGAUCAGCCACAGCGCCGGAUGCCCUACUUGCGGGUGGAGAGUGUCGAUCCGGAGGCGGAAGUCGCCGGCGAAGGACACCCCAUCCCUGGGCACUCACCCAGCUUCCUAUCACCCUACACUGGAGCGGUUGGAGGAGCUGUUAGCCUCCAGUUGCCGUCAGCCGAUGCGGCCACCAUCCGGCGGUCCUCCACCUCGGACAUCGUCAACUGCCGGCGGGGCGGGGGGGCAGCCGGAUCCGGGCCGGGCGGAGGGGGCGGCCCGGACUCGCGGCGGCCCAGCACAUCGGAUCUCCUGCGGAGGGCCAGAGAGCGGAAGGGGAGCGAGGCCCGGAUGGGCAGGAGUGUGUCGCAUAGUGGGUUGACCCGGGGCGGGGCCUUCGGUGGGGGCGGAGGCCUAGGGGGCCGACGUACCAGCAUGGCCUUCUAAAAAAAAAUUCGAUUGGAAAGUAAAAAAUGUUACAUUUUUCAGGGGGUUUUGAAAAAAAAAAUCAUAAAAAAUAUGCAAGAAGGGGAUCCGAAAGUGCUCGAAAAAAAACAAUUCUAAAAACUAAAAAAACGUAAUGGUGUAGUUAAAAAAAAAAACUGUUGAUCAAAUCUGAAUCAGAAAAUCGGCUGACAAAAUGGCGCUUAUGAAUUUUUAUCUAGUAAACGUAAAAAAACACGUUAAAACAUAAAAACAAAAUAGAAAAGAACAAAAAACAGCAGCUAGUAAGAAAUGACUUUUUUUGUGAAUCUAUCAUUAUGAUUAUUAUGUAUUUAUGGUUACUACGAUUAUGCCUCGAAACUCGAAACUAAAGAUAGUAGAUAAUAUAAUGAAUUAAUGAUAAUUAACGAAAUUAAAACAAGAGUCAAAGGAAGGAACAUAAAGCAUUUCAUCUUCUCAGCUCUCUCUUUCUAUUUCUCUCUCGAGUCCCAGCAAAUAAAACAAAAAAAUACAAAAUAAUAAUAUUUAACCCUUGUGCAUCACAUCGUCCCAACUUUUAUGACAAUAUUAGAACCUAACUAUCGUGAACUAUCGUUAACUAUCGCCUGGCAACUAAAAAGCUCUAAGAAAAUCGAAAAACUAUCCUGCGUUUUGGCCCAAAAGUAAAAAUGAAAGAUCGAUUCAUGAUCAUCUUACUGUGAGAGUUCAUAUCAAGCUAAAAAAGAAAAAAAAAAAAACGAAAGAAACUAAAUCUAGUUACGUCUUUUUUUUUUAAUUUAUCGAUUCGUAGACCUAAAGAAUGUUAAAGAAUUGUUAACGAAAUGUUUUUGAGCGGAGAUUGGGCCGAUUAGCGAUAAGCGGUCGAUGAUAGCGAUUAACGAUAACGAUAACGCCAAGGGAAAUUCAUCAGAUAAAUAAAUUUUAGCUAAAAAACAAUUCAACUAAAAGGAAAAAAAAUACAAAAAUAUAAAAAUACAAAUCGUAAACAACAAUGAACAAUUCAAAUCAAAUCUUAUUAUAUAGACAUUACUAGACAUUAUAUGUAGUUAAAAAUAAUACAAAUUCAAGCGAAAUUUUUUUAAAAUCAACAAAAACAAAAUGCCUUUCAUAGCAACAACAACAAAUUUAUAUUUUAAAUAAAUGCAGUAUAUAUUAUUAGAUAUACACAAUAACAACAACAACAAAAACAACAAAAUAAUGAAUCUUAUGUGAAGAUAUUGCGAAAAUGCGAUGAAAUAAAAGAAGCCAGCAGCAACAAAUUGUUAUUAAUUAAUUGUAGUUGCCGAACCACAAACACACAUCUCAUACCUUUUUUUCCCAAAACCAAACAAAAAUUAAGAACACCAAAUAAAUAUUUGUAGGAUAUAUAAUAUACAUAUAUAUAUUAACAAGAAGUAAAGCCCAUGUAUUUUACCAUCAUUAUCGAGUACAUACAUGCAUAUAUAAAGUCUUUCUCACAUACGGACUGUGAUUUCAUAUAAAAAGUAAACGUAAACAAAGUAAAGAAUUAAUUAUAUUAAUGAACGAUUCAAUAAAUUACGUCUAACCUAAUGUAAAAUUAAUUAAAUAAGUUCUCACACCAACACUCACUCACAGACACAGACACAGACACCCACACAUAUGUACACCUAUAUCUGUACAUAUUUAUUUGAAAACUAACAAGAAAAAGUAACAAAAAGUGAAAACAAAUAGCAAUUUUCAAGUCGAACGGCAUUAUAUACUCUACUCUACAAUUAAUUAACCAAAUGCGAUUGCCUUAAUAACAGAUAAAAAGAAAAACAAAGUACUUAUAAUUAAUAGCAAAGAUAUAGACACCACACAGACAUUCUGAUCGGAUCAGAUCGGAUCGGGGGCCGGUUUCCUCAGAUUUUAUUUCCAGAUUGGAAGAAUAUUAAAGAAAAAAUGCAGCCACAAUGCCAUGCCACAUUCCUUGCACUUUUGCUUCAGAAAUCGUCCCGCGCCGACAAAUAAAUAUUGAAUGAAAUAUAUAAAUUGGUUUAGCUCCAUCGGAUCGAUCACUCUCAGCGCAUAUACACAAUAUAUAUAGAGUGUACUUAUAAAAAAGAGUAAUUGCAUUUUUUAGUAAGUAGUUAAUCCGUCCUCGACAAACGGCCAAUGAGAAUUAUGAAACAAUACUAACAGAGAUAGGCGCUAUUUAUGGAGUUUUCCGAUAUAAUCUUCCAAACGUUUCAAGUUUUGUUUGUUUUUUAUUAAAAAUUCAAAAAAGUUUUCACUUUUUAAAUCAUUUUCAAAGAAUUUAAAAUCUUUAAGAAUUUAGAAAAAUGGAUUUUUUAUGAUAUUUGUAAGAAUGAAUUUUGAACAAAGUUUUUCAAUUUUUAAACAUUAAUGAGAUACAAGCUUAACAUUUUUUUCAAAUUAUUUUUAAUUUUUAAUAUGUUUUAAAUUCAAAAAGCAAAUCACAUAGAUAAUUUAAUAUUUAAUAAACAAAGUUUCAAUUAAAUUCGAUAUUCAAUAAAUUUAAAGCAUAAGUUAAAGUUUUAUUCCAUUGUUAAUAUUUUAAUUAUUAAAGAACUUGUCUUAGGCUUCAUAUUUGUUAUUUAAAGGUUGUGAUAUAAAUGUUGUAAAGUUUUUGUUGUUUAGAAAAAUGCUGAAAAAAUCAAAAACAUAUCUAAGAAUAACUAAAGUGUGCAAGUAUUACAAGCUUGGCAAAUAAUUAUUAGCAAUAAAAUAGAGGGCAGUGUGAGGCAGAACUAAUUUGUUGAAAAAUGUUUCGAAAAUUCGAUAGGUAGCGCCGUUCUUGAAAAUAUGAAUUGUGGCCAUGCCUCCCCCAAAAAAACCAAAGAAUGCCACAACGUGUAAACUGAAAAAGCAAUAAGGCAAAAUAGUGCUGAAAAUCAAGUUCAACAAUGAAACACAUGUUUAUGUACAUAAAGCAUAAAAUUUAAAAAUUAACAACAACACUCACCAACACACAAUCACUUUUGCACAUCAGCUUAAAAAACGAUUCAUUUUAGUCGGUUGUUAACGCAAUUAUUAUCACGAUUAUUAUGAUUACGAUUAUUAUUAACCUGUAGCUAGUAAAUCGAAUGAGAAAAUGCAAUUUAUAUAAUCCUAAGCCUGACACUCACACACACGAAAAUUAACAAAAAUUAAUAAUAAUAAUAAAUUAACGAAAAGCAAAUAAGAAACCAACUCAAAAGCAAAAAUUGUAACAGAAAGUAUUAAGUCAGAGCGAGAAAACAAUAUGUGUGAAGAGGAUAGCGAAUCAGAUAAGUAGAAGAAGACGAAUUAUAAACACUAGUCAACAAAUUUAACUUUACACCAAACAAAAACAACAGCCAACAAAACAAAAUAUAAUAUUUAUAAAAUUUGCAAAAGACACGGAGCAGCGAUAAGGAGUGCGAUAAAGGAUAGAUAAAAAGAAGUAAAAGUAAAAAUAUCUUAUAAAUUAUUUUCUUAUCGAAACUGGCAAUAAUAAAUAUUAAUAUUAACUUAAAUCGAUGGGUGACGAAGAGAGGAGAAUAUUGUAGACGCAUGAGCCAAAAAUGUGGUGAGAACUUCAUAGGUAACAUUUUGGAAAAUCAAAGAAACAGAAAAACACACUUGAUUUCAAAUUGAGUCCCACGCAAAGCGUAAAAAUCACACAUUUACACACAAGCGGAAACGGAAACGGAAAUGAAAACAGAAGCAGAAAAGUAACGAGACGAUUACGAAAAAAAUAGGAGGAAAGAGUGUUUACACACCGAUCACAAUUUGUUACUGCACCAGUGUACACCCACACAUAUUGCAAACAAAACGCAAGACAAACAAUUAUUAUGAUAAUACAUAUAUAUUUAACAAAACACACGAGAUCAGCUUUACUUUAGAUUUUUCAAAAAAUAAAUAAAUUGCAGGGUUGCUUAGGGUCGCUUGAUAAUUGAUAAAAAUCGUAAUAAAAUCGAGAAAUCGAUAAGAAUCUCAUUGAAAACCAAAUCCAAUUCAGACGCUUGCUUAUAGCCUCAAAAAAGAACAACAAAAAUAUAUAUACAAAAA